UCUUGGGGGUCGUAGUGUUUGAUUUCGGAGGAAACUACAGACCAUUUUACCUUGGAAGAUACCAUUAAGGGCUAGGAUAACUGUGCAAGACCAUUGUGUGAACUUGAACAGACUGUGUGUGACACAAGCCGUGGACUUUUUACGGACUUUUUCGGGAGAACAUUUAGUGUGAUGUCUACGAGUGUGGAUCAGCGAACGAAAGGCCAACAAAACGCAGUGUCCAAUGGCCCUGGUGGAAAAGAGACAAUGAAAGAUGAAGAUUUUGACCCCUACCAUCAGAGCCAGCCUCAUCAGCCCACAGGAUACAACGCCCCUCCCAUGUCCAGCCCAGGAGAUCCUUACAGCAUGUCGAGCUACUACAACGCCUCCAUGGGCUUCCCUUACCUAGGCCAAGGGGGAAUCGGAGAUGGUGCCUGGUCCAACGGUGGAGAUGCGAUUUUCUCCAUGCCCAACUAUGACUACAAUGGAAUGUUUGGAGGGUUUGGAUACCCACAGUUCAGCUGGGACUUCCCCGGAAGCGAGUACUGGAGCAACCCAGGUCAGACUCGCAAGGACAGCCGCGACUAUAACGACUAUUAUCGUACGGACGCAAUGCCGCCCAUGGAAGGGUAUGCAAUGAAUGGGGAUAUGGACCGACAGGCCGCCAUGAUGAAAAGCAUGGAGCAAGGCCUGAAAGGGAUGAGCGUCAAUGACAAACAGGACGGCUCAAUCCCGAAUGACGUGGUCCACUUGGGCAAUGGUGACCUUGGAGGUCCUGUGUCAAACUCUUCUCAAGCUCCCAAGAAAGCAUCAUGGGCGGCCAUUGCAAGUACACCAGCGCGCCCGCAGCCCCCAGUCAAGACAAGAACUAUCCCGAGAGCACCUGUCAAUCCCAAUAAACAUAUGGACAUUGGGACAUGGGACAAUAAAAACAACCCAGGGAAUAAGCAAAUGCCCGUGACUGUUCGACAGGCUUGGGGCCCCCCUCGAGGUAGAUCUGGGCCUUAUAAUGGGCCCCAAAUGGGCAACUCUGGCGGGGUGAACUCAGGUGUGCCUAGUGGACAGCCUAACGCCAAUCCCGUCAUUGCUCAUCCGGUGUUGGAAAAACUGAUAUCCGCCAAUCAGUACAAUCCAAAGGAGUUUAACUUGAACCCAAAAGGCUCUCGUUUCUUCAUCAUUAAGAGUUAUUCUGAGGACGACAUUCAUCGCUCCAUCAAAUAUAGCAUUUGGUGUAGUACGGAGCACGGUAAUAAACGUCUGGACGCAGCGCACCGGGAACGCGAGGGCAAAGGACCAAUCUUCUUGUUUUUCAGUGUGAACGGUAGUGGUCACUUCUGUGGAAUGGCCCAAAUGAUGUCUGGUGUGGACUAUCAUACCAACAGCCGGGUAUGGGCUCAGGACAAGUGGAAAGGACAGAUCGAGGUGAAGUGGAUCUAUGUGAAGGACGUGCCCAACAGCCAACUGCGGCACAUUCGCUUGGAAAACAAUGAAAACAAACCUGUGACCAACUCGAGGGACACUCAGGAGGUCCCUCCUGAGAAGGGCAAACAGGUGUUGAAAAUCCUACACAACUAUCGCCACACGACGUCAAUCUUUGAUGACUUUAGUCACUACGAGAAGCGUCAGGAGGAGGAUGUGCCGCCGGCGCCAAUGCCCAAGGCUAAGGGAGAGAAGAGGAGCCAACAGCCUCGCCCAAACUAAGAAAAGACAACUCUUGCUGCACAGACUCCAUGUGUUAAAGACCCAUAUUAUCUUUCAGAAAAGAACGUUUAUUGACAACUCUAAGCAUACAUUUACAAUGCAGGAGUCACAGACGGGUGCACAAGAGAAAUGUGUAUACAGAUAGAAGCUGGAAAACUUUUGAAAAGACAAGACUUAAAAUGAAAACUAUGUGACAUUCAAAUAGACUUGAGAACUAUAUAAAUACAUAUAUAUUAUUCUAUAUCACGAAAACUUUGGAAGACUAAUGUGACAGAAUGAGGAUCAGACCUCGAUAGCUAUAAAAUGACAUGAUGAAAUGUUAGCUGCCAUUUUCCUUGUGCAACGGAGAGAUUCAAGCAAGCUGGGGGAAUUGCUGCCGGAGUUUGUCUUGGCAGUGACACGGACGCAAAUGUGCACUGUUUCGUGGUAGGCCAGAAGGAGUGACAUGGGCAAAACUUAUGGCCUUGUAUUUCUGCGUUGACAAUGUGAGUGAAAUGUUGCGUUGGCGAGAACUCACACAAUUUUGUGUGUUCAGAAAAAAAAAACUUACUGGAGCUUGCCUGUGUGUGAAGCCCAUGGUUUUUUUUACAAUUCUGUGUAUCUGUUUUACCCAAUUGGACAUUGUCGGUUCAAGGAAAUCUGAUGUGGAGAAAUAAGUGCUUUUCGAUUCCGCGAUCCGACUGGUGUUGGCAACCAGCCCUUUUGGCAGUGCAUUCAUGGGACCAGCCUCUAGCCUAAACCACUGUUUAAAACUGAAAACUACUGUGAUGCUCUCAUCUUUUUUUGUUGUUGUUUUUAAAGGAUGGAUUUUUUUGGAAAGCGCUUUGUCAUUUCAACAAGAAGUACCCCAUUGAUAUAAAUCUGCUCAAAAUUGCGCUGCAAAGCAAAUACUACAGAUGAGCAAGAACGUUGCAGCCUUAGUGCACAGCUUCACAUCAAGGGAAAGAAGCUGGAUGGGAUUGAUUUCUUGUGUUUUCCAUCUUGCUGGUUUGCUUUGCAUACUAAAAGGAAAUGGAAACCGGUUUUAUAUAAGACAGUCAUCUGGUUUAAAAUGUGUUUCUUUGCUGACAUAUGGGGAAACAUUGCCCUCCAAUGCUUGGAUGGGGAUUCUGUGUGUGCCCAUUCCAGGGAAGUUGAACACCGUAAAUGUAGAGUGGUUUGGGUGAAAAAUUAUGACCUUCAGUGAGGGAGUGUGUGCCUGGCAACUCUUGUGUUGCUUGUUUCCACGAGACCAGAACCGGCUGAUCAAAAACUGUGAUGUCUCUGACUGAAUAUAAACACGAGAAACUGCGACAGUUCUUGGUGGCAGGGUAGAUAGGCAAGAGCCAGUUGGAGGUGCAUUGUGAAAUUGCAUGGGACAUGUGUAAAGCUGUCAAUUCAUCAGUCCCAGUGAUGUACAGUCUUGUUGAGAUAAACGAAUAACAUGUUUUGGGUGGUUAAAAUUUGCUGAAAUGGUUCGCUGGAAAGCAGUGUUUAUAACCACAUGGAGCAAUUCAUGGUUUUUCAUAGUUUUUAUAACUCAACCAAAUCCUAAAGUGUAAAACAGUCCUGUGAUUUUAGUGAAAUGUUGUAAGUUUCUGCAAAAUAGACGAUCAUAUUCUCAUUUAACGCCAUUUAGAAACGCGGUAGGCUACUCUAUGUGAGUGCAGAUUAUCACCCGUUAAUCCACUUAAACUUGCAGGUUCUCUUCAUGUGAUUUCCUGUUUUAGUAAUUCUAAAACAAUCGUUAAUUUAGGAUCUUUUUAUUUGAAACACAUUUGAAGACUUAAAGCCAAGUCAAGUAAAUGUAGUCUAAAAAUGUCAGAAGCCUCAGGAAGAGACUUUGCAAGCAGUAAUCAAUGAUCCAAUCAAGAAAAUGAAAAAAAAAUUUUCUUUUAAGUUCUCUUGACUUUCAAUACUUUUGAGGACAUGGAAACAGUUUUGAUUUGUGGCAAUUCCCAGCACCGACCCCCAACACCCCGAUCCCCAACCCCCACCACCAAAA